AUGCAGCUGGGCACCAACACGAAGGGCAUCUUUGACGGCUGGAAUAUCGGCACCACGCGCUGGCUGCGGGAGUGUGUCUACGAUCGUGUCCCCAAGCAGUUCUCCGUGGUCGCUGUCUUCUUCGUGUCGGCCUUCUGGCACGGAUUCUAUCCCGUAUAUUACCUCUGCUUCCUGACCGGCGCUUUCCUCACCAGCACAGGAAGGCACGUGCUCUCUCCUCCCCCCGCUUCCGUACCCUAUUUCGGCAUUUAUAUUGCCUUGGGUCCCUUUUUUUCAAUUCUUCCGGUAGAAAUUACGUUUAGGGUUCAAUCGGUGGCAAAAGUAGCUUAUGUAGGCCCACUCAUAUACCCCUAG